CAGCUCAGUCCGUUAUCUCCGUCGGUCUGAGUCCUCAGCGCUGGCAAGGGAUAAUAAACUGCCUUUCCGCAGCAAUACGUGGUGAAAGGAACAGCCCGCAACAGAGUGGACUUUCACAGAAGAUUUGGGUGUUUUGAACGCAGGGACUUCCCUGGUUGGUCGUGAGGUUCUAAGUGGGCAAAGCCGUUACUGUGGCAUAACUGACCUUUGGAUGUGAAGGCAGCAGGGUUGAACUGAAGAAAGAAACAUCCGGAACCGUCCAAAAUAACCUAUACAAAGAGGGGAGUUCAAAUUUCACCUUGAAUGCUGAUUAAGAGUGAAAAGUGAAAGAGCGGUUCUUGGGAGGGUAGGUGGCUGGAGCUGUGCCAGUCACGACUGGAAGGAGGGAAGGAGGAGAGAGGGAGCGAUAGAUAAGACGAGGAAGGAAAGAGCAAGGCUCCUUACAUUGCACUCCCUCUACUCUGCUGAUGCAUAGAAAAUGAUCCAAAAGCUGCCAGAUUGAAAGCAUUGCUCUGCAGUUCAAAAGGAGAGCAGUCAAGAAGUCAAAGACCAUGAGUUACAGCUGUGACAAACGACACUAUAACCCUAUAACACGGACCAUGUAAAAUGGGGACUAUGUUUGGCAUUAUGGCUCCUGAACAGCUGUGACUGCCCUCAAGACACAUUUUUCCCAGAACCUGUGUCUUUGUAAUCCUAUUGGCCGUCCAUCUCCUGUGAUCAUUUUUCUUAUUUUGAGUUCUAACGUCUUUCGUUUCCCUCCUUGAUCAAAACAAAUCCAGUUUCCAAAAAUGGCCUGCAGGUUCAGCUUACCUUGUGCAUUUCCACCCUCCUUUCUCAUCCUCUCUCUCCCUAUUUUUCUCUUCCUCCAUGCACCUUCUUUUGUUAGGGGUGACUGCUGGCUAAUUGAGGGGGAUAAAGGCUAUGUGUGGCUGGCAAUCUGCAGUCAGAACCAGCCUCCAUAUGAGACAAUCCCACAGCACAUUAACAACACCGUCCAUGACUUACGGCUGAAUGAGAACAAGCUCAAGGCAAUUUUCUUCAGCUCCCUCAGUCGAUUCACCAACCUUACCGACCUUAACCUCACUAAGAAUGAAAUCUCCUACAUUGAGGACGGUGCCUUCGCAGGACAGGCCAAUCUACAGGUCUUGCAGUUGGGAUAUAACAAGCUAACCAACCUCACCGAGGGGAUGCUGCGAGGGUUGGGUCGAAUGCAGUGCCUAUAUCUGCAGCAUAACCUUAUAGAGGUAAUUGCAACCAAUGCCUUCUGGGAGUGCCCAAGCCUUAGCAGUCUCGAUCUUUCCUCUAACAAAUUAACAAAGCUGGAUUCAUCCACCUUCACCGUUUUGGGUGGACGGCUAAUAGUGUGCGAGCUGGCUGGAAAUCCUUUCCAUUGUGGCUGUGACUUGUACAGCUUCCUUAUUUGGUUGGAGGCAUUUGACAACGUCACUCACACCUAUGACAGGCUCCUGUGCGAGACGCCAAAGGAACUUUUUGGUUACCCUCUACUGAGUCCUAGAGGUAAUCAUGGAAGAAAUGCUCGUUCCAUCCUGUCAUCCAUGUGUAAAAAUGGAGUGAUUGUUACUGGCAUAACCGCCCUGCCUCCUGACUUGGACUCUUCUGGGAUGGGGAUGGAUAUUUAUGAUCAGAUGGGACCUUAUCACCAGCCCACAGCUUCAUCAACCACAGACCCCACCUAUAGUCCCACUAUUAAGUUGCAAACGGUCUCCCUCUUCACCGCAUCCCUCUUGGUUCAAAUACCCAAGCCCUACAGUAAGAUGUACAUCUUAGUGCAGUACAACCACACCUAUGUGUCAGAUGUCACAAACUUAAAGAACAAGAAAGAGAUUGUCACACUAAACAACCUAAAGCCCCACACAAAUUACACAUUUUGUGUUGCCUCCAUCCGCAAUUCACAGCGGUACAAUCACACUUGUCUGUAUUUUGCAACUCGGACUCCAGGGCCUGAUGAAUUGCAAACAACCCCUUCUACCACCACGCAUUACAUUAUGACCAUUCUAGGCUGCCUGUUUGGGAUGGUCAUUGUGUUGGGCUUGGUGUAUUACUGUUUACGUAGGCGUCGAAUGCAGGAGGAGAAGGAAAAGGCAAUUAGUGUUAAGAAAACUAUUUUAGAGAUGCGCUAUGGGCCAGAAGCAGCUGCUGCAGCAGCCAAGGAUCCUUCAGCCUUGCAGAAACUCCAUGACCAGUCCCAUCAUCAACACCACCACAGCAAGUUGCCCCAGUCAGCAUCCUCCAGCUUGGGCAUCCUUCAUGGCUCAGCCAACACCACCUCUUCUCGACUUUCUUCCCUGCCUCAAGUAGAGAAGAUGGCUACAGCUUUCUCAGAGGCCAUGGCCGCCAAUAAGGGCAACUACAUGGAUGUACGAACGUCAGCAGGAGGAGAGGAGCGAGUGAGAGAUGGGGUAGUCACAGGGCCAGGGGAUGAAACCCCAAGAAAUGAAAAUGGGAUUAAUGGAGGAGAUGACUCUGAUGAUGAUGGCCGAGAUUCAACAUCCGAGAUCUCCACCAUUGCCAAGGAGGUGGACAAAGUAAACCAGAUUAUCAAUAACUGCAUUGAUGCACUCAAACUAGACUCUGUAGCUGUUGUGGCAGCAGCUGCUGCCACUGCAACUACAGCAGACAACACUGCCUCUCCUCCACCUCCUAGUGUCUCUUCCUUAGCCAGGGGGCUAAUUCCACUUUCCCCUACCAUCACAGAAACAUGCCAGAUCAUGUCAUCCCCCAAAAUCCGUCCGCCACCCCCUGUUCCUCUUGUUUUGCCCCUUUCUGAGCGUCCCGGCAUCAGCGGAGGGGGCUUUCUCUCCCCUCCCUACAGGGACCCACCCCCAGCUACAGCUUCACGGCCCUUGCAGAGGCAACUCAGUGCAGAUGCUGCAGUUGUUCCUAUCAACUCUGUUAAAAACCGCUGCAGCGUUUCUUCCGGUGGCUCUGUCAAAAGUGCUCGGAUCUUCAGUCUGGAUGUCCCUGACCCUCGAAGCCCAGAGCCAUGCAAGUACCCUGAGAAAGGCAGCCCUGUUCGGUGCGGGGAGCCAAUAGAGAGGUUGCCCUUAAUAGGUGUUCAGGGAGUCAGUAAUGGCAGAGGAGAUGGUGGCAGCGGGGGUGGAGGGGGAGCCGGUGGUGGCAGUGGUGGUUCGGGUGGGUGUGGUGUUGUGGUCGGAGGUGGGGGCAGCACAGCUCAGCAGCACCACUUGGAGGUGCACCCAGACUACCACUGCUCAGAGCACCGACACUCCUUCCCCGCCCUCUACUAUGAGGGUGCCACUGACUCCCCUGCCCAGAAAGUCUCCUUUCUAAAGCCUCUCACUCGCACCAAGAAGGACACUGCCUACUCCCAGCUUUCUCCCCGCCACCACAAUUACUCAGGGUAUUCCUCUAGCCCUGAGUACUCCUCCGAGAGCACUCUUAAAAUCUGGGAGCGCUUCCGUCCCUACAAGAAAAGCCCCCGUGAGGAGGCCUACAUAGCCGCUGGCCAUGCUCUUCGAAAGAAAGUGCAGUUUGCAAAGGAUGAGGAUCUCCAUGACAUUCUGGACUACUGGAAGGGGGUAUCAGCACAGCAGAAACUGUGAUGCUUGUGAGAGACUUGACAGCAGGAGGAGAGGUUUUGGAGAAAAGAACCAGUGGCUCUUGAGACAGCUCGGCAGACUCCAUCAGCAGGUGCUUUGGUCCCUGCAGACCACCACAGAGACAAGUGUUCUGAAAGAGACAGAAUUGAGCAGGUGUUCCAAACUCAUUAAGGCAUAGAUAAGCAACCAACCAACCAGAAAUGCACAGGAAAUGUGGCACUUAAAAAGGCAACCAGUUUCAGUGUAGAAUACCUCCAUUUUACCUUGUGUUCCACCUGUGCUCCCUUGCACUGUAGUUUGACAAGAUAAUAAUCUUAAAUGAGGAAUUAGUGGUUUUUAUUUUACAAAUGCCUGACUAUACUCUAGAGAGAUGGUGAUAACUGAUGCUUGUCAAGAUGAUUGUUUUACGAUGUUAAUUAGUGAGAAGGGGGGAAAAAAGAAAAAAGUUGUGAAUUUAGCUUGGCUGAAGCCACAGGUCAAAACAUGGAUACCCUGUUCCCUCACAUUCCCUAAUCUCUGCUUAAGCAAAGCGUAUUCAUUGAUUUGAGACACCUACACACAUUUUACACAGCAUGUGUGGGACACAGUUAUCAAACCAGAGGCAGCCAUUUGGACAUGGUUUAUAUUAAAGCAGUGUGGCAAUUCGAUAAAACACACAAUGUUAAUUCCUUUUUGGCAUUAAUUUGUGGCAGAGCCAGCCUCAAAUACAUUUUCCUUUUCAUUUGUGGUCUUUUGAUUGUGUUUUUUACUUUUUUUGUUUUGUUUUGUUCAAAGAAGGGAAAGAGUAAUAUGGGUUUGAAGAAUAGCUUAUGUUUCAGAUUUUAAGUAUCAGAGACUAGCUCUGACAAAGGAUUGUGAUUUUACAAGUGGCAGCUAGAUAUAGACCCCACUGUAGUAAUAGGCUAAAAUAGUCCAGGUUAACGUUACACAAAGAGUUUGCUUUGUUUAGCCUGUUGGGAGGCAAAAUGCCAAAGCUAAACUGAAUACACUGAAAAAACUGACACUUUCAUAAAAUGCUAAACCUAAUCUGGAAGAUUAGAAGUCUUGCUGGUGUUUAAGUAAUACUUUACAGUGGUCUAAGUUUAUCACAGGCACAGAAAACCUUGAACCAGCUUUAGUGGUUAUGUGUAGAAUGCUUUUAUUUUUUUCUCCAUUGAUUCCACAGAAUCAGGUGCCAUCUUUGCAUUUCAGUGAUGACUCGGUUGGUUCUACUUACAGUACAUUCAUUGAAUACUGUAGUAGCUCUUCCUGUGUCUCCCCUAUUGAUAUGACCUUCUGUUUCCUGUUAUAGCCCACUUCUGUUGACCUGAUCUGGGUUGUGGUCAAACUAGGGAAGGUAUGAAACAAGUUCAAUUAUUUCUCACAUCUCAUUUUUAAGACCUUGUUAUUGUACUUGCAUGGCUUAAUAGGGAAAAUUAAUUAGCAAUUUGCAGCAGAAGAGUCAAUGGGUCACAGAGGUGCUAAUAUUAUUAACACUGCCAGAUUGGAAAAGUGAUUGAAAUUAAUCUCGACCUCUCCGGUCAGGUCAUCACGCAGAAUGCAUCCCUGGAGUUUUGCUGGUUCACCCAUGGCAUUGAAAGGCAAGAUGAUGCCCUUCUUCUUUAGAGCAAUUUACUGGCUUAAAAUAUACAACUCAAGCUCUUUAAAAUAGGCUUCUGAGCUUUGAAAUUUCAGUCAAGGGCAUUUUUGAUGACAAAUGCUUGCAUUUGUUGUUUAUUAAUAAAUGUAGAUUUCAAGACCUUGUAAUUGACAUGCACUGGGUUCUAUCAGCAAGGAGUACAAGCAUGAUUAGAAUUCAGUCAGUACAUGGAAAUUGAUAUUUUUACAUUUGCAUUUGGCCAGCAUUAAAACUUAAAGUAUGAACUCAGCAUGCAUCUGUAGCAUGUCACAUCCUCCUUCAAGGUUCAAAAUCAAUGCUCUGUAAUUGAGAAUUGACACUGUCAAGUCAAAAAUAUAGAGGUUUCCCUCAUGAGUCAUUUUACUGUACUAAAACCUCUCAGAGGGGAAUCCAGGCUGCAGACAACCAUGGUCUAUGAGAUUAAAAACAAGAUGCCAUAUUAAUGCUAAUGUUUUAUGUUUAGAUUUGAGUGAGAAAAGAGAUAUUGAACAGUAUUUGUACAAAGGAUACAUGGAUAGAUAUCACUGACAAGUACAGGCUUGUAGCAAGAUCUUGCAACAAGCGAUAAACCCACACAUGCAUAUAUUCCACCAUCAUUAGUUUUUGUGAAAUCUCAUUUAUUCCUAUUUAAGACUCCAAAAGUGUUUUGUUUUGUUUUUUGUCCCCCACCCCCCACUAUUUUCCUAAACUCAGUUAGGAGAUGAGUUUGCUAAACAGCCUCAAGGCUUGCGUUAUUGCACUGUGUUUGGGAGAUACCAAGCUAAGACAAUUGGAGAGAAAUUAUUAUGCUCUUGAAAUGUUUCGUUUAAGUGUUGGCAUAUGGGAAUGACAAUUAUUUGUGGUUUGAUUUCCUGCUGAUAAGUUGGUUUUUUGGUAAUGUAUGUGUAUGUAUGGUCUUAAAGAUAUACAGUACAAUGUCACUGAGAUGUAACUGAUGGCUGACUGUGAAAACUGUGACAAACACACAACCAACAAGAGAACAAUCUAUACUAACAAUGGUUACAUACAGUAUAUGUACAAGUAGUAUUAGAUUUCCAAUGGGUAUGUCCAGUGAAAACAAAAUCACUGUAUGUGUACACGUACAUACAAACACACACACACAUAUACACAAACACAUAUGCAGAGUGUACAAUCUACACAUACUGUAUACGUUUACAGACACAUAGUCUUAAAAGUGCCCUCUUGGCACUAAAACAAAAAGUGAUUUAUUUUAAAGGAAGGUGACAAACAUUUGUAAGAUUAUAACUGUUUGUUGUUUAUAUGUUAUUUAUUUGUCAAAGUAACUACAUUAUUUUAUGAUUGAAAAGUCAUUGUUGUAGUUGGUGUUUAUUUAAUGUGAUUUUAAAUUUCAGAUAAGCACUAUAUAUUAACAUAAUGGAUUUUUUAUCAUUUUCCCCCAGAAUGCCCUCCUGAUCAAGUGUACUCAAGGCCAAAACCCAGGUGCUUUUAAAUAAUUUUGGGUUGAAUUGUGUUUUGAUUGAUUCCCAGCUAUGUAUACAUGAUAAUGAUAUCCAAAUUAAUAUAAUUUAUAUCAGGGCUGUAUUGAUUUGUAUAAAAAUAUACAAUCUCCAGCAUUCAGAAUCUGAAUCUCACUGGGAAUACCUAAAAAAAAAAAUAUAUAUAUAUAUAUAUAUAUAUACACUACCGUUCAAAAGUUUGGGAUCGGUAAGAUUUUUAAU